ACAGCUCAUCAUCUUGGGUAACCACCUCCGUUAUGAUACCUGCAUCUUCAUCAAAGAGAAACGGAAAUUGUCCUGCGCCUCUACUAUGGCUUCUCCAGCGCUAAACUGGUCCAGUCAAUUAUCCGUACUACCCUCUUCGGUGAUACCAUCUACUCUUAUCGGUGACAAAAUACUUCUACCGCAAUCAGCACUUGAGCAACUUCUUGCCGCCGUUUCAUCCGCUCCGUCGGGGUCGCACCAAACACCAGCCUUGACGGGCACUCAGAAGCCACAUGUAGACGUUUCAUGGGCUUCUGCAGCUCCCCACCAGAACCCGCAGCCACAGCUUCCGCACCCUCUCAUGUUUAGACUCUUCAACCCGAAAAAUAACCGAUUUUCACACGCAGCCCCUCUGGAGUUCUCCGCAGAGGAAGGGAAGAUUGGCAUAUCACCGCUAUUGCGGGAUGCACUGGGUAUUGGGGAGGAUGUGGGAAUGAAUGAUGCAGUGGAGGGAGAAGUGGCGGAGGAUGAAGGUGUUCGAAUCACCGUAGUGUGGAAGGAUUUACCGAAGGGCACUUAUGUGCGGUUAAGGCCCUUAGAAGCGGGGUACGAUGAGGAGGAUUGGAAAGCUUUGCUGGAGAGAUAUUUGAGGGUCAACUUUACCACCUUGACAAUUGGGGAGGUUUUGGCUAUUGAAGGGAGAACUCUCGCGAUUGGUGGGAAUCGAAAGGCGGAAUUUCGAUUUUUGAUUGACAGCAUCAAGCCGGAGGAGGCGGUAUGUAUUGUCGAUACGGGUGAAUAAACCGCGCUGUUCAAGAAGUUUCCAAGGCGUUGAACUAACUAUCUAUAUAGACCUAGAGGUCGAUAUCGAACCGUUAUCCGAAGAACAAGCUAGAGAAACUUUGAAGCAGCGGCUAGCACGAAAGUCUGCGGGCAGCAGCGGUGGUACCUUGAAGAUCGACCAACCAGCCAACGGUGAAGUCCUGCCGGGCGAAUAUCACUUCUACGAGCUACCAGAAUGGGAUCAAAAAGUGCCACUCGUAAUAGAGCUUGGCGGGGUGGACGACGGUGAUGAAGUAGAUAUAUUCGUUACGACAUCCAAACAUCACCACAAGCCUCGAUAUGACGAGCAUGUAUGGGGGGAUUCCGGAUCCGAAUAUCCAAAAACAAUACAAAUCAACCCGACAAACAUCGAGCUUGUUGACGCGGAAAAGAUAUUCAUUGGCAUACACGGAUAUGCCCCCCUAGACAUAGAUGAGGGCAGUGAGCAACAGGAGGAGGAUAACUCCCCUCGCCCAUAUUCGCUCCGAAUUACCCAAACCGAAAUCCAAGACAUGGAACUCCCCACCAACACCACUACCCCACCCGGCCCCGACUACAAAAAAUGCAAAAACUGCACGCAAUGGGUCCCAAACCGCACCUUCAUCCUUCACGAAAACUUCUGCCUACGGAACAACCUUGUCUGCCCCCGCUGCCACCAAGUCUCCAAACGCGGCGCUCCAAACACCCACUGGCACUGCCAACAAUGCACAGCGCAUGGCAACAACGCCCCUCGCUCCUUACGAAAGCACGUAUCAAUCUACCACACCCCACGCCCCUGUCCCGCCUGCACCUCUUCCUCCUCCCCCUACAUAGCCACGAACCUCCCGGACCUCGCCAUACAUCGAGCAACAACCUGUCCAGAAAAACUAAUCCUCUGCCGCUUCUGCCACCUCCUCCUUCCCCAGGAAUCCUCAAGCAACCAUGCCGAGCUCCUCCUCCUAGGCCUUACCCACCACGAACUAACCUGCGGCGGCCGAACAACAAACUGCCACCUCUGCGACCGAAUCGUAAGAAUGCGAGAUCUGGACACACACGUUCGCAACCACGACCUCCAAAGACUAUCCACGCCCCCCCCAGUCAUGUGCCGGAACGCCAACUGCUCUCGCACGGCUAAAGACCUCCGCCACCCCAACCCACUUGGCCUCUGUGGGAGCUGCUUCGGACCCUUGUAUGCCCCUGGAUACGAUCCCGGGAAUGUGGCGCUGGGUCGGAGGCUCGAAAGGAGGCUAAUCAGACAGGCAAUUACUGGCUGCGAUAGGGCUUGGUGUCGGAAUGGGAUGUGCAAGACUGGGAGAGUUAAUCUCGGGAUCGCUGGCAACCCUGCGCAGGGUGUUAGCGUUGCUGACGCGAUGCCGCUUGUUAAGAAGAUUGUGCAAGACUUGAAGGGUGGUGGCGGGGAGUUGGGACUGUGCGUCGACGAGGGUACGCAGAAGCGUAGGCGCCUCGCCGAGAGGAUCGCGGUGGAGAGUGUUCUGGAGAGGGAUGGUGGGUGGGAUGUCUACUGGGUUGUUGCUGCCGUGGAAGAGGUUGGUGGGUCUGAGGAGGAUGAGGGUGCUAUCAGAACUUGGCUGGAGAGGAACGCGGUUAGGCGGAGGGAGCGGUGAUUCCUUUUCAUCUGCACCCUGAGCGUGCCCAGCGUGGGCCCUUGUGGUAUUGUUGGUAAAUUUUUAUAUGCCAGUGUUGUAUCUAGAUGUAGACGAGUACAGCACCGAUGCUUCCGAUAAUGAAAAUGAUUAAUAAUGAAUACCCC